UCAUCUGGCAAAACUACCCAGUUCUUUUUCCGGUUGAUGUAGUACGUGGAAAGGUUAGAAACUGUGGCAUUGGUUUUAUAAUCCUGAUUCAUCUGUUACAUUUUAUGUACAAUUUCAAAGAUGAAGCAGAUUGUAACAAACCAGACUGUAAAAAUCCCCAAAGAAGUCACUGUGUCAGUUAAGUCUCGACUGGUGACUGUGAAGGGGCCACGUGGAGUAUUGAAACGGAACUUUAAACAUCUUGCUUUAGAUAUUCAUAUGGUUCAUGCGAAACGUUUGAAAGUUGAAAAAUGGUUUGGGACCAAGAAGGAGCUAGCAGCUGUGCGCACUGUUUGCUCUCACAUUGAGAACAUGAUUAAAGGAGUAACCAAGGGUUUCCUUUAUAAGAUGCGCGCUGUGUAUGCUCACUUCCCAAUCAACUGUGUUACGACAGAAAACAACUCAGUGAUUGAAGUCCGCAAUUUCUUGGGAGAAAAGUUCAUUCGCAGAGUGAAGAUGGCGCCAGGUGUGACUGUUACUAAUUCUCCUAAGCAAAAAGAUGAGCUUAUCCUCGAGGGCAACAACAUUGAGGAUGUGUCAAGAUCAGCCGCCCUUAUCCAGCAGUCGACGACGGUGAAAAACAAGGACAUCAGAAAAUUCCUUGACGGACUCUAUGUCUCUGAGAAAACUACUGUUGUACAGGAUGAAUAAAGUGGUUUGCUAAUAACUACUUUGAA